UUUUUCCGGCCGUCACGGAUGUGAGUAACCGACUUUAGUUGUCAUGACGUGGUGUGUCCGCCUCCAGUCACACAGCUGCUGCUGACGAGAGGAAGAGCCUGAGCCAACAAGUCAGCUUCCCAUCGAGAAAAACACAAUUUAUUCAGUUUGGUUAACAGGUCUUUUGUCGGCUAUGAUGAGGUGGUGACCCUGGGUCGGCCGGGCCGUGACAUGAUUGCAGCUUGGCACAGAGAAAAGACGGAGCAGAGUGAUUGAGAAAGAAGAAUGGGCAGGAGCGCCUGGGGCUGCUGGCAAAGCGUUGUCUCUACUGCAGUGCUCUACGGCUCUUUGGCCUUGUUCACCUCCAUCCUCCACAAUGUGUUCCUCCUUUACUACGUGGAGACAUUUGUGUCGGUCUACAAGAUUGAUAAAAUCUCCUUCUGGGUGGGAGAGGCAGUGUUUCUUCUAUGGAACAGUCUGAAUGACCCUCUCUUCGGCUGGCUGAGUGAUCGCGCCUUCCUCAGCUCUCCUCAGUCAGGCUCUUCGAUCACCACUCCAGAGGUGGUGCUGAAGCGCCUGAAGGCCCUCUCCACAAAUGGCCCUCUCUUCGCUCUGUCCUUCCUGGCUUUCUGGGUGGCGUGGGCCAGACCGGGGCUGCAGUUCCUGCUGUGCCUGUGUCUGUACGAUGGUUUCCUCACAAUGGUGGACCUCCACCACAGCGCCCUGCUGGCUGACCUCGCUGUGUCCGCCGUCGAUCGCACACGCCUCAACUUCCACUGCUCCGUGUUCAGCGCUUUGGGCUCGUUUUCCGUGUUUCUGUCUUACUGCUUCUGGAACAAGGAGGAUUUCUACUCCUUCCGCGUCUUCUGUGUGACUCUUUCAGCUUUUUCCAUCUUGGGCUUUUUGUUAGUGUCUCGGUUGCUACAGCAUCGUUUCCAAAAGGAAGUCCGUCCAAGACAGGAUGAGGCACUGACACUCAAAGAGCUGAGUGUUGAAAACGCUCCACUUACUCACCCAGAAAAAGCUGUCACCCUUGGACAGUACCUCAAGCAGCUCUCCAAACACAAGAACUUCAUGUGGUUUGUGUCAAUGAACCUUAUUCAGGUGUUUCACUGCCAUUUCAACAGCAACUUCUUUCCUCUUUUCCUGGAACAUCUGCUGUCUGACAAUGUUUCUGCCUCUACAGGUUCAAUCUUACUCGGCAUCUCUUUCAUUGCCCCCCACCUGAACAACUUGUAUUUCCUGACACUGUGCCAGCGUUAUGGGGUUUACCAGGUUAUCCGCUGGCUAUUUAUGCUCAAACUGGGACUUAGUGUGGCUAUGCUCUUGGCAGGGGCUGACCACAUUUAUCUGCUGUGCAUCUUCAUUGCUAGUAACCGAGUGUUUACGGAGGGGACGUGCAAGCUGCUGAAACUGGUUAUUACCGAUCUGGUGGAUGAGGACUUUGUGGUCAAUCGACGUCAGCAGGCCGCCUCUGCUCUCCUCUUCGGGAUGGUUGCUUUGUUGACCAAACCUGGCCAGACAUUCGCCCCUCUCAUAGGCACCUGGCUGCUGUGUGUUUACACAGGUUAUGAUGUUUUUGAUCGGGAACCCAUGAAGGACUCUCUGGUUUCUGUGCCUGACGUUGCCUCAGGCUCGGGGACUCCGCCUCUACGCCUGGGCUGCUUCUACAUGUUGGUGUUUGUGCCUAUCACCUGUGCCCUGCUCCAGCUGGCUGCCUGGUCUCGCUUCACACUUCACGGCCGCAAGCUGCAAGGGAUCAAGACCCUAAGACAAGGGGCCCAGCAUGGCCACCUUAUCGAUGUCAAGGCCAUAUGAACUGAAUAGAGCUGGGUGAAGCUGCACACAGACACUUUCUUAAAUGGACGGUUUUACAAUCCCUUUGUGCAGCCCAGCCUUCUGUGCAUGAACAUGAACCACUGCACAACAUGUGGCUUUGUGGACGGUGAAAAAUGCACAAUAGGCUGACCAAUCCCACUGGGAAGUAACAUUUUUAAACCUGCCUUAUUUUUUUAAAUAUUAGAAUAUUGACCUAUAUUUAUAUUUGAACAGAUGACCAAAAGAUAAAUGGAACCAAUCAGUCCUGUCGGAUGUAGACGGACCAAGUUCACAACUUUUUAUGGUGUGCUUUAAAUAUGGGGUGCCCUCUUUUAAACUGUUAGUCAAGCAUAAUCCUGGUCUAGAGUACAGCCCGAGCCCUAUUGCUGCUAGCUAAUUUGUCUGUAACAUCAGCCUGAUUUUAAAAUAAAAAACAGGAGGGAAGGUUUACCACAGAGAUUCAGAUUUCUGAUGUUAAGAUGAAGAACAUGAAAUAAACUUGCAUUAAUGUGUUUCGAGUGCUAUUUAUACUGCAUGAAAUCCUCUUCAGAGCUGAGUCGUUGUUGUAUUUGUUUUUACAUUUACACAGAAUGCCCUGCCGGUCUGAUGUUGAGAACUGUAUUUUCUGAUGUGUACAGUAUUGAUGUUUUUGCACAAAACUGCCAUUUGUCUGUUGUACUUCUAACAUUGUUUCAUAUUUUCUGGACUGUAAUCAUAAGGAAAUGAUGCAGUGGUAACCAUAUUAUCAGUUCACUUUUGUAAUUUUUCAAAUUGUACAAAGAAUUUGUGGCAUUACCACAAAUAAACCUCGUCAAUGGGA